CUUUGGAACCUCUGUCACGAUGGCGUCGUCGCCGCCUCCGGUAGAAGAUCAGGCUCGUCUGCUUGAAGAUGCCCUGGGUGUCGUACGCCAGCAGACCAUGCUCAUGCGGCGGUGUCUCGAGACACCCGGCAAGUUGAUGGAUGCGCUCAAGUGCAGCUCCACGCUCGUCUCUGAGCUACGGACAAGCAAUCUUGGGCCAAAACAGUACUAUGAGCUCUACAUGGCCGUAUUCGAUGCCCUCCGCCACCUCGCCGUGUACCUCCGAGAGAACCACCCCGUGAACCACCUCGCCGAUCUGUAUGAGCUUGUCCAAUAUGCUGGAAAUAUUAUUCCGCGCCUUUAUCUUAUGGUCACCGUCGGCACUGUAUAUAUGGCUAUCGAGGAUGCGCCAGUUAAGGAGAUCAUGAAAGAUAUGAUGGAGAUGAGCCGCGGAGUUCAGCAUCCUAUUCGAGGAUUAUUCCUCCGAUACUACCUUGCUGGCCAGGCACGAGAUCAUCUCCCAUCGGGCGAUGGCGAGGGCCCAGAAGGCAACCUCCAGGACUCCAUUAGCUUCAUUUUGACCAACUUCGUGGAGAUGAACAAGCUUUGGGUGCGCCUGCAGCAUCAGGGACAUUCAAGGGAGCGCGAGCAAAGAACGAAGGAACGACAAGAGCUCCAACUUUUAGUUGGCAGCAACCUGGUCCGUUUAAGCCAGCUUGUAGACCUAGAGAAUUACAAGAAAAUCUUGAACCCUCUAUUGGAACAAAUUGUCCAAUGUCGAGAUGUGUUGGCCCAGGAGUAUUUGCUUGAAGUUGUUACUCAAGUUUUCCCCGACGAAUUCCACCUCCACACGCUUGAUCAAUUCCUCUCAGCUGUUGCCCGCUUAAAUCCGCAUGUCAACGUUAAGGCUAUCGUCGUAGGUCUGAUGGAUCGGUUGUCGGCGUAUGCCCAAAGGGAAUCGGAUGCAGAAAGUCCCGAGGACCGCAAAAAGACGGAGGAAGAGUCAAUUGCAAACCUGCUUGAAAAGUUAAGGAUAGCAAAAGAAAAGAAGGAGGCCGAGCCGACACCACCGCCAGAACAGAAUGGGGAAGGCUCAGAAGAAACGCAGCCGGGUGCAGAAGAGACUCCUGAAGAAACUGAGGCAACCGAAGCCUCCGAAGCAUCUUCAGUGACCGCUGUUACUAAACCAGAAGAACAACCGGAGGAGGUCGAUACGAAUGUCGAGAAGCAUCGCGGAAUACCGAAGAACGUCAAACUUUUUGAGAUUUUCCACGAGCAAGUCGCUUCCCUUGUCAAGAUGCAGCGAUUGCCGAUACAAGACACGAUUGGCCUGCUCGUUUCAUUGGCGAACCUUGCUCUUAAUAUCUACCCUGAGCGACUUGACUACGUUGACCAAGUCAUGGGCUUUGCAAACCAGAAAGUCACCGAAUAUGCCAAUAGCGCUGACCUCCAUUCGCAAGCGACUCAGAGUCAGAUUCUCAACCUGCUUCUCGCACCUAUCAAGACCUACGUUUCUCUUUUCACAGCUCUCGCAUUGCCGAAUUUUAUCCCUCUUCUUCACUCCCAGCCAUACCCGACACGUAGGGCUGUUGCGGGCGAAGUUGCUCGAAGUCUGCUGCGGAACCAGACCCCUAUCACGUCGGUAGAGAACCUGGAGAGUGUAAUGGAGAUUGUCAAGGUUCUCAUCCGAGAAGGAAUUCAGCAAGCAACUGGCUACCCCGGUGGCCCCAUCCAGAGGAAAGCUAUGGAAACAGAUGAGACAAUAGAAGAGCAGGGAUGGUUGGCACGGAUAGUUCACCUCAUCCAGGGAACAGACAAUGAUACGCAGUUCAAGUUGCUUCAAUCUGCUCGCAAGGCUUUCGGUGAAGGCAAUGAGCGCGUCAAGUACACCACACCUGCGCUUAUCACGGCCUCAUUAAAACUUGCCCGCCGCUACAAGGCCCGUGAACAUUUUGAUGACAACUGGUCAUCUCAAUCUUCCGCCCUGUACAAAUUCAUGCACAGUGCUCUCUCAACUCUCUACUCUCGCGUCAACGGAUCUGCCGAUCUGUCGCUUCGUCUUUUCGUCGCCUGUGGUCAAGUCGCUGAUCAAAACGGCUUCGAGGAAGUCGCCUAUGAAUUCUUCGCACAAGCUUUCACAAUCUACGAGGAGGCUAUUAGUGAUUCGCGCGCACAGUUCCAAGCUGUGUGUGUAAUCGCUGGCGGACUGCAUGUUUCGAGACAUUUUGGAAAAGAGAAUUACGACACUUUGAUAACGAAAUGUGCCCUUCACGGCAGCAAGCUAUUGAAGAAGCCUGAUCAGUGCCGUGCAGUUUAUCUGGCAAGUCAUUUGUGGUGGGCAACAGAGGUGCGGGCGUUGGGAGAAGAGGAUCCCAAAGACCUUUACCGCGAUGGAAAACGUGUUCUCGAAUGCCUUCAGCGUGCGUUGCGCGUAGCGGAUGCUUGCAUGGACGCUGCUGUUUCUGUGGAACUUUUCGUCGAGAUACUGAACCGUUACGUGUACUACUUUGACCAAGAAAACGACGCGGUCACAACGAAGUACUUGAACGGACUCAUUGAACUCAUACAUUCUAAUCUCCAAUCAAACGAAAACGCAGCGAGCCUCGAGGUCCCGAGAAAGCACUUCCAGCGUACACUAGACUACAUUUCCAGCAGAGAAUACGAGGGUGUGAUUACAGCACCCAAGUAAAGUACAUUGUUGUUGCUCCGAUGGCCGACCGGCAUGUACUUGAUAUUGUUUGUUUGGGACUCCUUUGUAUGAUUAGCGCGAGGAGUCCAUCUCCGGAGGCGUAGGGCGAGCUCGGAAACUGUGAUGUUCGAUAUGCAUGUAGUUAGAUGUGUCUGCAUCACACAACAGAGAAUAUUUUAAUACAUCACCUCCGCUGUUCAUUUGCA